ACCCCAAGUAUGUGUUGUGUCGGGACAUGCGCACCAGGCCCAUUGGGCUCGUAUCGUAUCGCGCGGGAAAAUAAAGGCUCGAAGAAUACCUCCAUUGCCGAACCGGCCAACCCACAGAAAUCCCGUAAACAGCGCGAGCGUGAACCUUCGCUUCAGUCAACGGUGUCCAGGGCCGGCAGGGACAAGGCGCGAGAGGGAGCAUUUUCCCCUCUCUACACCGGUUUCGCUCAAGCAAGCAACCGUUCUCAGGUGAGUGGGCAGUAUGGAAGCACCCCGGCUCCCCUUUGCCUUUCAACAGCGGGCCCUGAUUUAACGGCAGCAGAAGUCCUGAAUACGGCGCCAAGGAUGACAGCAGCAAAGACGCGCCCUAGAAAACGAGCCAGUGGCAACGUCCGGAAAAAGGAGUCCGGAAAAAGCCAGCCUCAAGGCACCCGAACGCGACAGACGUGGCCCUCGUUUUUUCCGGCGAGGCUCGGGAGUGUGGCCGCUGUUGUGGCGACGUGGAGCGUGCUGCUUAGCUCGUCGUGCCUGGCCCAGGACCCUCAAGCCCUCCAGGCCCCGUUCAACAUGGCAGGCAUCCAGGGAGAAGUGCGCCUGGUGCCUGACCCCGAGGGAGUACGCAUCACUGUGCGGCUCGUGGCACCGCCGGGAGAGUACGCGUGGAGCGUUCGCGAGAUGCCCGCGCUCUUCGACUCUGCCAGUCCGUGCAACGACCUGGGACGCGCGCGGCACGAUCUGACGCGCCGCCACGGUGCCCUGCAACUAAACGGGACAGAGCUGAGCUUCAACGACGAUCAGCUGAAGCUGCAGGGCCCUAGUAGCGUAUGGGGACGCGCGGUGCUCGUGCAACAGCAAGCCAGCAAGCUCCAGGCGUGCGCCAAUUUGCUGCUGGACGACGGUGUCCUGCACUGGGCCGAGGCCCUAUUCGCGGGUCCUCGCAUUGCGGGCCGCGUGCUGUUCCUCGAGUCAAGCGCCAGCACUCUGGUGACGGUGCUGCUCUUCCAGGGCGGCCGCCACGCAUCGCGGUACCGUUGGCAGCUGCUCGAAGCGGACGUGCUGGAUGCGGCGCCGGGCUGCCGCUUCUUGCAGAUGGUCUACGACCCGGACCGCGCGGACGGGGCCAAUUGCAGCCGCACCGCGCACGACCAGUGCAAGGCGGGCGACAUGAACGCCAAGCACGGCCCCCUGAACGUCGGCUCACCCAAGUCAUCGCGACGGGCCGUGCUGGACACCCAUCUGCCCGUGGGACCCAGGAGACUGUUCUUGGCACUUCACGAGGACACCCGCGGUACCUUCGCGGCCUGUGCCCCGCUCCGCGCGCUGAGCCCGCGCACCGUGCACGCACGCCUGCCCGAAAGCGACGCCCAGUUGACCUUCAGCCAGCAGAGCCCGUUCCAACCGACCCUGGUGCGAGUCAAGGGCACCUUGGGGACCUCCUUGAGGGUGCACCCGCUCCCGGAGUGCGGCGGUGGCGGCGGCUCAGAUGUCGUCCCGCCAAAGUCCGACCCAGUGGAGCUGAUCCUGCCGGUGUCCCUGGAGCCCCGCCUGCCUCUCUUCGGCCCUCGGCGGAUCGUUGGCCGCUGGCUAUCCCUCACCAGGGACAACUCCUCGGUGUGCAUCCGUGUCGGCUUUCCGGGGCCCACUCUCGUGGCACGGGCAGUGUUCCACUACCCGGUCUCGGGAGAGGUGUUGCUGCGCCAAGACGCCCAGGACCCGCAGUCAGAGACUGCAGUGUACCUCAAGCUAGACCCCUUUGGCUUCAACGACACCAUCCAAUACAAGCUGGUCCUGCACCAGCGUCGUCCGGGCCGAGACUUCUACAACUGGACCAUGCGCUGCGUGAGUGCGGGCGACACGUACGACCCUCUCAAGGUGGGCUCCGGCCCGUGUCCACACCCGCUGCUCUGCCCCAUCGGCGACCUGACGUCCAAAGGCGCCAAGCUGUCAGGCCGCCACUCCUUCUACACGGACCUGCACCUGCCAUUGUCGGGGCCCCACAGCGUGAUGCAACGGUCGGCCGUCAUACACGACGUCGGAGCUCCGGCCCACCGUGGCGACCGUCUGGCCUGCGCUGCGCUCCUGCCGCUCCACCCCGUCACGGCUGCCGUGCGCCGCUGGCUGCCGGGUGCCCAGAACCUCACGGGCUACUUCGUCUGGCGGCAGGACAGCCCCGAGGAUACUGCCAGCGUCCAAGUCCGGCUGCGCGGGCUCGCCCGUCAAGCGAGUGCUUACCGUGUCCACGCGCUGCCCGUGCCCCUAGAGCAGCACUUCCCGUGCAAGGCGGUGCGAGAAGCCCACGGUGGCACUCUCGAGCUGAGCGCCCGCUACGGCGACCUCAGUGGCAAGACCGACGAGUCUUUUAAGGCGCUCGACCCCAGCCUGCAGCUCUUCGGCAAGGACAGCGUCAUUGGCCACUCCGUGGUCAUCCAAAUGGGAGACCGCCGCUCGGCAUGUGGCAGCAUUCUGCCAGAGAUGGAGGCCAAGAAGGGCCGGGAGCUUGUGGCCAUUGCCUCGUUCGACCACCCAAAAUUGGCCCUCCAGGGCUACAUCAGGCUUCGUCAGCUCGAGUACAAGGACGGGGGAAUGAGUGACACCUACAUACUAGUUGACCUGCGCCACCCAGGGAAAUAUGACCGCAACCAGGACAGCUACAACAAAGAGUGCAGCCCGAAAAGUCCGCUCCGCUGCGAAAUGGGAGAUCUUUCAGGAAAGCUGGGCAGGCUGAACAUCGGCACCGGGCCUGCCAUUUACACCGACAGCAACCUUCCUCUAGUCGGAAACUUUUCUGUGCUUGGCCGCUCCAUCAUUGUGUUCGCCAAGGAUGGCUCCAACCUCCGAAAGGCGUGUGCCAACAUCAAGCUGGACAUACACCUUGUGCGCCACGUCUCUGUGCGCAAAUUUCCCGGGUUUUCGAGCGGAGCUUUCAUGGACCACAUGCGGACCAUGCUCAACGCAACAGACUGGCUCGUAAUGGCAGACUCCCAGUCAGAGCAAGAUAUCCUAGAAGGUCAAUGCACACAGCUGACCGUGCACUUCUUUGGGCCAGAGGCACACCGUCGCCAGAUAGAGUUUGGCAACCUCAUCACCCUCGGAAGUGUGCGCAGGCAGACUCCAACAGGGCUGAAGCUCAUCAGGACCUUCUACAAGCCGUGCAAAACCCUCGACGAGGAGCUCAACGACCGGACUGCUCGUGUGGCAGUGUUGCCCCUUCCAUUGCUGCUACUGCUGCAUCUGCUUCUCAGAGCACCGUGGCUACAGCGGGACCCUUGAGUAAGGCACUGUGGUAAAAGCUACCCAACACCAACGUUUAUAGAUCAACUGGGUUGUGGAACUGCAAAAGGUCGCAUGUGAUUACUGUUGACUACCCUUGAAUGUGCUUCCGCUGGCGACAAGCAGCUUUUGGAACAUGUAAAAAAGUUGUUUGUAAAUUUUUCGUGUGUUGCUGUAGGUAUAAAGUACAUUUUAAGUGCAAUACAUAUAUGGUAAAGACAAAUGUUCCGAGCUGCUGAGAAAAAUCUGCAUUUCAGUGCCCCCUUUGAAAUUCAGCACUGCUAGUCUUUCCAAGAAAGCCCGCUAGCAGAUGCAAAUAUCUUUCUGCAUUGGCACCGCUGCAUAAAGACAGUUGGCGACAGCUUUGGAUGCUGUACAGCAGUAAUUCUCAAAUGGGGGUCUGCGAAGGCAUUCUAGGGAUCCGCUAAGCCCUGCCUUAUCAGUCAAGCCUGGCGAUAAAAGUUGCCUUUUUUUUUAGAUUGAGAAGGAACGUUCAAAUUUUCGGCCGAGUUUUUUUUGUGUCUGUGUGAAUGAGAGAAGUCUACUUUACCCUAGCCCUUAGUUAUGUCUUCUAUUAAAUCAUAAUUAACCUAUCCCUCUCCCUUUCUCUCACCACCAACGGGGUCCUCCAUCAUCUUUGCGGAUCCAUAAGGGGUCCGCAAAACAUUAAUGUUUGAGAACCACUGCUGUACAGUUUCUGCGAGAAGUUCCACAACCUAGUAUAUCCAGUAACGUUCCCGACAGCGUCAUAAGCUGGUUUCUCUGUUGCAGUCCGCUACAUGGGAGGAUGGAGCUUGGCUCGCGACUGCUUGCGUGCAAGCACCAGGAAGGCUGCCGCCAACAUGAGCAAGCCAACAAAGAGGCAAAGCAGAAGAACAAACAGAUGGAAGCCCACUGUGGGAGCGGAUGGCUGAGCGGCGGGGAUGGCGUUGGUGGCAUUGAUCAUAAAACCCAGAGACCAGCCUAAGUCAUAGCCCUUGGCUUUCUUAAUGAAGUUGAUGCCAGACCAGGUGGCGUCGCUAAAGCCAUACUUGUCGAGCAACAGGUCUCUGACGAACAUGGACUGGAAGCAGUAGUUGGCCACGAAGCGGGCGGGCGUGACCAGCGUCUGGGCCUCCUCCCAGGUGGCCGAGCACAUCAAGUUGGAGUUGUUUAAGAAGGUGUCAAGCGGCAUGCCCGUAGCAUUGAGCGCUUUCAGGGUGUAGUAGAAUGCCGAAAAUGCCUGUGAAAAGCAACACCGGCAUUGAGAACUGCUCACCGCUGGAACCAGACGCAUGUUUACCAUGUACUUCUGACCAGUAGGCACGGGAACUUUGGGUGGCUCCAGACAGGUGCUGUAGCUCUUUUUGCAGGUAGCAGGAUUCAUCAGGUCGGCAACAGCACUGUGGCACUCGUUUGCGGAUCCAUUCCCGACAAAGGUGAACACCUGCAGGGUACACAAUAAACAAUCUCCACUUGUCCCCAUCA